UGCUCGUGCCGUGCCAGCCUUGUGUCGUCUCUGCCUUGUGUCGUCUCUGUGGAAAUGUGUCGCGCCAAGUGAAAAUCGCCGACAAAUCAUGGAAUUGUUCUCGAACAACCGACAAGACCAUUUCUCAUAAAAAUGGAUGUAGGUGUUCUCCUGCUACGGCUCCUAAGUGUGAUCCUCCUGGUGACUCUCAGCUCGUGUCUGUCCGCCGACCAGCGGGCCUCGCCCCACGACCUCGGUCUGCGACCUGCGGCUCCCAACGAGGAAGCGCCUCCUCCGGACCUCAUCGAGGACACCAACAGGUUCCACGACCCUCGGCCGUCGGAGCUGAAUUCGACUCUCCUGAGGUACAAGUUGGGUCGCAAUUUAGAUCCGACAUUCAUGAGCAUCGUGAGGCCCAGGGAGACUCAGGACUUCUACAACCACUCCGAGUUCCUCUUCAGAAGAAACCGGAGAGGCCGCCUGGUACCGGUGGGUGACAUGCCUAGGUACCUGAAGGACAUGGACUUCAAGUUCAUCCGCCUUCCGGACGGUUCCAAACUCCGAACCAAGGUCACUGCAAAGCUGAAGAAGAAGCUCCAACAGUUCCUCUGGGCCUACACGUCCUGCCCGGUAUCUUACCGCUGGAAAGACUUGGGGCUGAGGUUUUGGCCUCGGUGGCUCAAGGAGGGCCACUGCGUCGCUGGGAAGACCUCCUGCUCCAUCCCCCCGGGCAUGAAGUGUCGGCCGUCCUCCACCGUCCAUAAGACCAUCCUCCGGUGGCACUGCCGCCCAAUGGUGUUCACCAACGCCGCCCUCCAGCCUCAACAGAGGUUAUGCCAGUGGAUAAAAGUGGAAUAUCCGAUAGUGACUCAGUGUUCAUGCGCGUCGCCUGGUACCAACAUGUCGUACUCCUGAGGCCUCCCUCACUUUACCUUACCCUUGUAUAUUAUCUAUAUGUAUUAUAUGGUUGUUUAUCAAAGCGUUGUAAGAGUUCGCACAAGGAAAGCUAUUACUGGAUAUCCAUCGAUGCGCUAAAGAAGUUUAGUUUGUAUAUCUAUUUAUUUAAUAUUUUUAAAGCCUAAUACUACCUCAUAAAAUAAUUUUUCAUAGUCUUUUACACCCGUGCAGACUGUUUAACUAAAUUUUUGGAAAUGAGCGUGUCCUCUUGUUGAUUUUAUGAUAGGAUAGUAAUAAAAGUUAUAAACGUGAUGUUUGAGUCACUGAAAUAAAUAUAAAACUUCGUAAAAAGUUAAAUGUCAUGACGAUUUGUCACAUAUACUAGACAAAAAUUCUCUACAUUUUUCACAGACCUUUGCAUGCUUCAAGUUCUGAGAAAGACAAGUGAUUAGAUGCAUCAUUCAGUUCCUGGAAUUUAAUUAUAAGAUAAACUAUUAUGCAUUAAAUGGUCAAAUAAAAAAAUUGCACAUUUCACGUGCAAACUUUGUAUAUGUAACAAUACAUCACGUAAAGUACAUUUCACUUUAAAUAUUCCAAUCAAAUUUUAUAUUUAUGUUAUACAAUAUGAUAAUAACUUCAAGAAAUUCCUAUUAAAAUUAACAAUUGGAAUUACAUAUCAUUUCUUACGGUGAUAAGACAAAACCUAGAUGCUCCGUUGUUUCAUGUAUUAUCGUAGUCUACAAAUAAAAAGUGUUAUUUAAAAGAUAUAAUUUAUUAGGAACCAAUUUGAGAUUUUAUUUUUUAAUGUUUCUAAAUAUAAAUUUGUCACACUUACUAAGUUGUUCCAAAAAUAAACUGAAAGUUAAAUAUAGCACCAAUUUUAUGUAAUAAACUUUCUUAAUAACUGCAGUCAUUAGUAUUAGAAUAAAAUAAAAAUCUAGGACUGACAAUUAAUUAGUGUGAACGGGGAUUUAACUAGAUAUCAACCACCUUUUCUACAGCACUAAAAGCAACAAACUAUUCAGUAAUAGUUAGGGGAAGAAGUACUCUGACAGUUUUAGUUAUUGCUUUAUUUAUGUAUUUACCAAUGAUAAGGCUGAACAAAUAGUGUUAAUAUUCUUGUAAGAAUUUAGUAUUUAUUUUUAAUAUUAAUAUUUUUCUUCAAUUAAGAUUACUUACAAACUGGUCUACACUUUGAAUAGUUCAAAGAAAGUACAAGCUACACUGAUUAAUUACCUAAUACGCUUACUUAGGGAGUCUUGAAUAAUUCAUUAAAAUACAUCAAUUAAGAAAAAUGUUUGCUUUAUGAAAACAGUUGUAAAUAAUUAAACAAGAAAGCGAAGAUGUUCCAAAUUGCAUAGGGUUGAGUCAAAAACAGUUAUUAAAAAUUGCUCAAUAGUAAUUACUUAAAUAUUCAGUAUCAUUUCUCAAUAUUAUCUCAAUGUAACAAUAACUUUAAUUAUGCAAUUCCUAAAAUAUAAAUGAAGUAUGUUCCUUUUUUAAAGAUUAAAUUUGGGAAUAUAAUUAUCAUAAGUUUAAUUUCAGGUACACAGUGAAGAUAAUUUCAUAUUUUCAUCAUUAAUGGAUGUUAUAAAUAUUGAAAUGUUUUGCUCACAGAGUAAAUUGUAAUUGAAGAACAUUUUAUUAUCAAACGUUACUCUUAUUUAUUUGUGUAAAUAAAUAACUCUGUAAUUGAUUUUUUGAUAAUAUUACAGUUCUGCAAAUCCCGUUUUGUGUGGUACAGGAAUAUUUUCUAUCAGUAAGUUUUUUACAAAUGUAAUAAUAAGAACACUGUAAUACAAACUACUCAAGAUUAUAGUAUGUAUGAUUAAUAGCAAUAGAUUAUAGAGCCUACCUUUAACCACAAAUGUUCCUUUGUCAUCCGACCACAUAUUUUAAUUCACACCGGCCCCUUAUGAGUCAAAAGACUGACUGUUUUGCAUCGUUUUAGGAGCACAUCUAGAUCGAAGGGACCUUGUUUUCAAUGAAACAGAACCUCUUCGAUAUUGUAACUAAUCGUAAAAUAUCUUAGAUUCUGUGAGUAAAAGUCAGAUUUGUGUCCUAUAAUUAUGUUUUGUGAUAUGUAUGCAUUUCGGCAACAAUCAGACUAUUUUUCUUAACAUGCAAAAAUAUAAAAUUCGAAGUGAAAAGGUUCACCACAAUUUAUUGGAAGUUCCCAAGGUUUACAAACACAGCCCUCUUGUACACUGAACUAGUACUAUAAAAAAGUACUUGUGCUGCAGUACUAUUAUAUAUUUUCUGUAGGUCCCUAGAGUUAAGACAUUGAGUGCAGUGUAACAUUUGUGUAGAAUAUUCUUAAAGUCUUUGUUUAUAACUGAUUUACAGUAAACAAACAAUAGACUGAUAAUACUACCUUGAUAUUGUGGUAAGACUUUCAGAUGUAAUUGAUUUUACCAAAGUGACAUCGCUUCAAAAACGUGGGGAGGUUGAUUUUGAGUUUACCAAACCUAACCACAAGUUAUUAAUUUAACAACCCAACUCCAAGUUUUAAGAACUCUGUGCAUCAAUAAGGGAUUGAAAAAGUUUUAAUCGUAACUUUAGAUGAACGUCUAAAUGACUUUAAAUUUUAAGGAUCUUAAUAAGACUGCACCAGUGAUAUAUAUGAGCUAAUCCUAAAUUUGGUGCAAAAUGAAAUUUGUGCCAUAGGGUGUCCAACACCCUUACCAAAAUCUUACCACCUAAAUUACUCUUAGUUCUUAAAGUGUUCAUGAGAAGGUGGAAAAUCUUGAACAUAAACACUAAAUAUGGAAACAGCAUGUUAAAAAGAGUGGGAAAUGUUCCAUAUUUUGGAGAAACAUUUUAGAAUGUGAACAAUUGAUAUUAGUUGAUAUUCAUUAUUGAUGCCAGAACAAAUAAUAUUAUUUUAAUAUCGGCAUUGAUUGAAAAAGAUAAUUAUUAUUUUUAUAUUCAAUGCACGCGUGUAUAACGAUCGUAUCUUUGUUUACUGUGAACCAGUUUCUAAGAAACAAUCUAAUGAAUUGAAGUACAAAUAAAAAACACGGAGCCAAGAAUGUGACUCCUGUUUUAUAAUACUUUCUACCCCAGUUUACAUAACCGAUCUGGAAUUUUCAGAAUAAAUGAGUUACAGUAUUUAACUCGUAAAAUAAUUUCUCAUACCUGUAGCCAUCCAGUUUUUCAGCUAUUGCUGUUUUUCACUUUUGUAUUAGUUUUAAUUCAAUAAAAUAAAAUCGUAUCAACACCAAUUUUGCUCAUUGUUGUCCAAUUCAUUUAAAAAUAAAAUAAGUAUAAAUAGUAAAAUUAUGUUCAACCUUAUUGUAAGAACAAUUGUGUAGUGAGCUAAUGUAUUAAGAGUCAGAAAGUGUGUGUCAUCGUCUAUUUAUUAUUUAUGCUCUGUAAGAAAAAUUAAAUCGUCUCAGAUGGUUGUUCUUAGAAGACCAGUGUUAGACUUGAGAUUGAUAUUUUAAGUUAUUUUCUGUUCCAUUUUGCCAGUUUCGUAAUUUCUGAUCCCUUCAACCCUCAUCCGGUUCCCUCCAUUUUUUGUUAUCUGUAUUUCCACAAUUUCCACAGACUUAUCUGUUACUUCAUCCCAUUCCAUGAACCCCCCUCUUGUUUCCCCAACAUCCAAGGGACACCCCUGUGUGUUCCAUUCAUCAUGUAUCUAGUCUAACCACAGUAGACAUAUUUUGUACAGACUUCAUGCUAUGCAUCCUGACACAUUGAAACACUACCUUGUAUACUACACCAUAAUUAAUUGAUUAAACUAUUUAUUAUCUUA